CCCCAUUCGGACACGUGCUUUCUGUUUCUGUUGUGACGGUUGCGAUGUCUAUCAAACGGCUUGACGUGCCCGAAAUCAUCUCUUUGUGUCUAGUCAUUUACUGUCGUUCGAUUCGCUAGAAUGGUGCUACGUGCAUGCCGACGGUUAUGCUGCCCGUUUGUAUCGGGCUGCCCUAUAAAAACACAGUGGUCGCGCGUCAACCAUCGCACUCGCUACCACGAUGGGCACUGAUGGCUCGUACAAGUUGAUCGGCCUCGCCGCAGGUGCUGCCGCGUUCAUUGGGCUCGGUGCGUAUCUGUGCGAAAAGAAGUUUUACAAGUACUUCCAGCAGAGGUCUGCCCCGAAUGUCGUCGUGUGUUCGUCUCUCGAGGAUUUCGAGAGAGUGGAAGCUCUCUUCCUGGAGCUGUGUCGCCAGUCUAGAAUCUUGGGACUCGACUGCGAAUGGGUGCCCUGCAGCAAGAAGGAGAGGAACAAGAUUGCCCUGCUUCAGCUGGCCCCCACGAGAGACUUCAGCGUGCUUCUGAGGCUGUGCAAAAUGCUUCCCAACGAGGACGCGUCGGUGCUUCCGGAGUCGCUGAGAGCCGUGCUGGACGACGAGUCCAUCGUCAAGCUAGGCGUCGCAGUGUGCGACGACGCCUCCAAGCUUCGCCGCGACUACGGACUGUCCGUUCGCGGCUGUCUCGACCUCAGAUAUGUGUUGACUUUCUUUCCGGAGCUCCGGCACUACCCGGCCGCCGGGCUGAAGAAACAGGCGCUGGCGAUCCUGGGCGCGCGUACGGGCGACACCACAAAGCUCGCAUGCAGCAACUGGGAGGCCGACGCCCUCAACGAGGCGCAGAUCGACUACGCCGCGACCGACGUCUUGCUCCCCGUUCAAAUCUUCGAGCAGAUCGUACGCGACAGGCUGACGCUGUUCUCGUUCAGGCCCGGCUGGUAUCGCCGGCUCAGGGCCCAAACCUUGGACGCCUGCGGACCGCUGCUGGACGUUCCUUUCUCCGAGGAAAAGUGCAAUCGAAUGUCCGCGACGAAGGCAGCAAGCAUGGCAGCAAACGGCUCGACCCAUUCGGGCACGACGCCCAAGAAACUGGGCUGUUUCCGGUCUUACAUGACGCGCAAGACGCCGCUGUACGACAACUGCAUGUUGCUGGCACCGGAUGGCGAGCCCCUCAGCAGCUGCAACUACAAGAAGGUGCAGUGGUACAUCGACAAGGGCUUAGGGAGACUUGUUUCCCGUGACGACGAGCCAGUGGCCGUGCAGCUUAACUUUGAGCCAUCCAACCGGCCAGUGCUUGACAGCCAGUACUACACGCAAAACAAGGACAACCUGUGCGUUGUCUGCAACUCCAGGCAGUCACUCGUCCGCAAGAAUGUGGUUCCUCACGAGUACAGAAAAUAUUUCCCAGAGAUCAUGAAGAACCACAUAUCACACGACAUCCUGCUGCUGUGCCUCCGCUGUCACCAGAUCAGUAAUUUAAGGGACGGAGAACUUCGCAGAGCACUGGCGAAGGAAUGUAAUGCACCCAUCGAGAGCGGCGUGCUGGGAAAAGUGAUGGACGACCCCGAGCUGCGGAAAGUGCGUUCAGCCGGGCGAGCAUUGUUCAAGGCGCGGAAGUCACUUCCGCAGGACAGGGUGGCACUUCUCGAGGAUGUCCUCAAGAAGCACUUUGACGUUGACGAAGUCACAGACGACGUCAUUAGGACGGCCUCGGAAAUCGACACCAAGAUUUACAACGAGGAGUUCAUUCCGCACGGCUUCAAAGUUGUGGAACACUUCAAAAGCACAAGCGGACUGGUCUCCUUUGAAAUGAGGUGGAGGCAGCAUUUUCUGGACUCAAUGCAGCCCCAGUUCAUGCCGGCGAUGUGGUCCGUAGACCACCACAAGGAGGUACUAGCUCUAAAGUAUGCUCAAGGCAGGGCUAAAGAUACGACGCUGUCGGAGGUUGGCCUCACUCAAGAAUUUGUAGACAGUGUUCUAGACAAGCUUUCUCUUACUCUAGAGGACUUAAAGAAAGACUGAUGACGUGUGGGGGCACUUUAAGGUUGCAAGGGACCACCGUUAUGUUUUUUGUGUGUGUGUG